AUGUUAGAAUCAGCUGAACUAGUUUCUUCCAUAGAUGAUCUCUUGCUUCAAAUACUGCUGUUUCUGCCUAUCAGAUCACUCAUUCGUUUCAAAUGUGUUUCCAAACACUGGCUCUCUCUGAUUACCAAUCCAAGAUUUUCUCUGCUUAGAAAUCCCAAUCCCAAUCCUGCAAUUGGCUUGUUCUUUCAUUGCAGAGAUUUUCAUAUCAACCAAGAAUAUGAUUACAUCCACUUUGAUACUCAGAGCCACACAAAUCCUCAAUUCAAGAAGCUCAGAUUCACCGAGGAGAAUUCCAUCUGCAUUCUGCAAUCUUGUAAUGGAUUGCUGCUUUGCUCCGACUUUGUCACUUCCCACUGGUCUAAACGGAGCUACUACGUCUACAAUCCCACAACAAAACAUUUCUCCACACUCCCAAACAGAGCUGAAGCUUCCCGUGUUGUUCGAGGAAUGAGCUUGGCGUUCGACCCUGCAAGGUCGCCUCACUACAAGGUUGUCUGCAUUCGCAAAUCUGAGUCUGCUCGUAACCAUUACCAGAUCGAAGUUUAUUCGUCUGAUACUGGUCCCUGGAGAGCCGUGGGAGAUCCAUUCGUUUCCAAUGUUAGUUUCGGGAAUGGUGUGUACUGGAAUGGCAUGAUAUUCUGGAUUAGCCCUGGAGACAAUUUUUUCAACUUCACCAUUUUGUGUUUCGAUGUUGAUCUGGAAACGAGGGGAGAAAUGCCUGUGCCACCGGCUCGCCAAGGGGGAUACGUUGGCUUCUUUGGAGAAUCUUGUGGUCACUUGCAUCUUAUUGCAACUUAUGAGCCGGAAGGUAAAAUUGAUGUGUACGAGAUGAAGGGCGACUGUUCCGAGUGGUUUGUCAAGUACAAGGUUGAUGUUGGGCAGGUUUCUGUUGCAUUUCCUGGGAUGAUUAGGGAAAAUCAUAGCCCUGGAGAUUGGGGUUACUAUGCAUUUGCCAUUUUAAGUCUGGUAGGUAAGAGAGAAGAUGAUGAUUGUUUUCUGGUACUGGAAAUCCCAGGAAAGGCCAUAAGGUACAACCUUGUGAAUGGGAGUGUUGAUAUGCUUUGUGAGUUUGAGGGUGCUGAGGAACAGUCCCUCAGAUAUCUUAACCUUGGUUUUGAGUAUAUUGAGUCUCUUUGUUGUGUUUAAUUUGAAUCCUAGGUUUAUUUGGAUUGUAAUCAUCAUUAAUAAUUUUUAUGAAUUGAUUUACUUAUAACA